UGGAUGCUUACAGUUAUAUUUUGCGUGUACUAUGUGCAGCGAGCUUAUGACGAUGAUGAUCGCCAUUCGGUCUUUAGCAAACACGAUCACCCUAUGAACCUUCCUCUAGACACUGUAACAUGCGCAACCAACUUUUCUUUAUCUGGCACUUUGAAAGAGAACUUGGAGAAAAUCGCCAACCUUUCUUUUGCUGGAGCCCAGCCAUACUUAGAAAACCUCGGUCUCAUAUCGAGUCCGAAGAAACCAAGCAUGCAGUUUCCGGUGAUUGCAACCGCCGCUAGUUCCCAAUUCUUCCUACUGUCUCAGGGUCUGGUGAAAAGCAUAUCGGAUAAAAUAGUUCCAGCUUUUAGGGACGUUAAAAUCAUCUACUAUGAUAUAGGCCUGACGUCAGAGGACUUGCUAUUGUUGAGGCGGAACUGCAAGCGCUGCGAGAUUCGAAACUUCCCAUUCGACCGAGUUCCAGCACACGUUUCCAACCUUCACACGUACGCCUUCAAGGUGAUCAUCAUCAAUCAAUUGUACCAGGAGUUUGGAUAUGUUUGGUGGGUUGACUCCUCCAUCCGGUUCAUCACGGACGAGUUUGCACUUCCAUUGAAAUACGUGCGAGAAAACGGCAUAUUGUUUUUCACGUAUGACGGCAACGUAAACGUGGCAUAUCAUACACACUUGCAGACGUUCAAAUAUUUCUCUGAAGACCCGUGUGUGUUCAAAAAUAUAGGAGAAAUCGAGGCCGGGAACCUGGUGUUCAGGAAAAGUAAUGUGGCUGAUAUUGUUCUACGUCAGUGGGCCUCGUGCGCAUUGGUGGAAGGAUGCAUUUCACCUGCGAAUAGCAAACGAUUUUGCGAAAGAAGCGCAGACGAAAUGGACGAUUCAUUAAUUGGCCACUGUCACAGAUUUGACCAAUCAGCACUUAGUAUAUUAUUACGCCGACUCUUUCACAAACGGAACGACUAUCCGCUUGUAGAAGAACCUUUCAAGUUGGUUAUGGUACAACGAAAGCAUGGAAUACCGUACUUUGUUUAACCAACAUUUGCUGAGCUAUAAGAGUCGCUUGACUUCUUACUGUAAAUUAUAUGAAUUAAAACAUUCCUUUGGUG